AUGACUUCAACGGAAAUUGUAGAAGAGGAGAAUCAUUCAAGCAACAAGGAUGAAGGAAAUAUAGUAGAAACAACACUAGCUAGUCAGAAUAAUUCACCAAAAACAACGGGCAUUGAAGAAGUGGACAGAGCAGAAACGCCGAUUAAUAUUAAUAUUCUCUCACCAAUUCAUGUUUAUGAUCCAUCAUCAUCUGCCCUAUUAAAUUAUAAUAAUAAUAUAAAUCAUAGUAGUAUUACGAAUGCUAGAGGAGGAGAGGGUGAGGAAUUGCAACAAAUUAGAAAAUCAAUUGAGGCUAUUCAAGGUGAUUUGAGGACUCUCUCAACAACAUCCUUGUCGGAAACAGUCGUUAGGAAUUUACAAUUAUUUCUUCUUCAACAGGAUAAUAAUCAAACAUACAUAUCAAGGAAUGAUAAAUAUAAUUAUCUGAGGAAUUUAGAACACCUUCUAAAGAAUAUGAAGAGACUAGAGGAGGCUCGUCAAGAUGAAAUAACCUCACUCCGAACAACUUACGAGGAGAAGCUUUCCCUACUGGAACAAGAGCUUCAAAGAAAGGACUCCCUUAUUGAAGUCUUGACAAGGGUUAGUGAUGAAAAGGAUAAGGUAAUUGAGAGUUUGCAUUUGUAUAAUGGAGCUAGAGUUGUCACUCCGAGAGAACUCAGAGAAAUCAAACAAGAAAUAUCCAACUUGAAGAGACAAUUACCAGAAACUACUGAAACCUUAUCAACCAUUAAAAAGGAUAGGAAGAAGGCUAGUUCCACAGAUACUCUUCAAGGAAAAAGGAGCGUAUUCAAUUCAUAUAAUUUAAAGGAGAAGAAGGAUCAGAAAGAAUUAAAAGAUAGUCAAGUGAAAGAUAGUAUAGCAGUUAAAGAUUUGAAGGAUGUUAAGGAUUUUAAGGAUCUGAAAGAAUAUGUUUUAAAUCCUAAUCGAUCGAGGAAUGUACAUCCUCUCACUGGGAGAAAAGAAAGCACAAACACAAGCAGUGCAUUUCCAAUAGUACAUUCAUUAGAAAGAUUGCCAAAUAUUACAAAAAGGACCAAAUGA